AUGCCGCAGAACUUCAAAUCCGUGUGGAUUUUCAAAUUUAGAAUGGUUUAUUGGAAUUUUACCUAUGUAGAAUUAACUACUUGGGGCCCAUCUUCAUUUGAUUAUACACCUGGUGAUGGAGAUGACAUUUUGCAAAGUCGAGUUGUUGUUCCUUACAGUUUGAAAUCUGUUGAGGCUCUAUUGUCCUUGUCGAAGACAACUACCUUAGAAGAGCUAACCGAAAUGGUGAAGAAGUGUAAGCAGAUAGUUCUCGAAAUUGACUAGUGCAUAGAAGAGAGAAAAUGGUUAGUAAGAAAAUUGAUUGAACUAAGGUUGCGGGCUCGAGAUCACUGCAGUGCAGCUAUCUGGACAAUGAUCCAGUCGUGAUACAUGUGUAAUGACUGCGGGUACUGCUGCCAUUGGAAGUGCAUAAUAGAUGUUCGCCGAGUCUGUGCCAAUGUCGUAGCAAGUGAGGCUGGAGGAUACAUCUUCACCAAAGAAAUUUGUCCUGAAAUGGGACUCUCCGCUCAAUUGUACAGUUGUGCAGAGUGUCACAUGAAAAUAACAUUCACUUCCACAAAAGUUCGGUCAUUGCCAUGCUUUGGCAGUGCUUUCAGACAUACAGACUCGGGCUACGUUGAACCCAGGCUAUGUGACAACACAGGGCUGUACUUCUGUCAAAGAUGUCACUGGAACACCCUCGCCGUUGUUCCAGCGAGAGUCAUCAGGAAUUGGGAUCUGGACCCAAGGAAAGUCAGUCGUUCUGCCUCUUAAUUGCUUAGAUUAUUGAAUGAACGACUAGUUCUACCAGUGGAGGAAUUGAAUCCGCAACUGUUUACUCUCGUACCGGAUUUAUCGGUGUUGAAGAGAAUGCGGGAGGAGCUUCAAAUGAUGAAAAAAUACUUGGUCUUUUGUCCAGACGCGGAUUUUCAGGGUCUCCCCUGGCGUGUGGGUCUUCGCACACACAUGAUCGAGAAUUCUGCAAAUUACUCCAUGAAAGAUCUGAUCGAUCUUCAGAGUGGAGUUCUCAUGGAAGAAAUAAGUGCAGCAUACGACGCAAUGCAAAAUCACAUAACUGAAUCUUGCGAGUUGUGUCAUGCAAGAGGACAUUUGUGCGAAAAAUGCGAUAACGAGGUCAUAUUUCCGUGGGAUGCCUCAGCUGUUUGCUGUCAUCAGUGCAAGGCUGUGCACCAUCGUGUUUGUUGGUCCAAACGGAAUUACUGUUGCCCCAAAUGCAUGAGAAUAAAAAACGAAUUGCACGAGAGAGUGAAAAUUGUGGCUUUGGGGAGGAAGAGUCAGUUUAAAUAUUAGGUGUGUGAAUAAGUCGUUCCCGUUUUUUGUAAGAGAUGCUGCCACCAAUACUGUGCGAGUAUUCAAUGGUUACAUAUGUGAUAAUCAAAGCUUAUUCAUCUGUCAACAAUUCCACACUAACACAUUAGUUGAAAUUUUUUCGCAUCAUAAAUUUUUGAUAUCGUGAAAAUGUCGAAAUUUGAGCCGAGUCGACGUCAUUUGCGGGAAGUUUCACUUUAUUGGUUCAAUUUGGAGAAAUCUGCUGCCGAGGCGCAUCGAUUGCUUCAGGAAGCUUAUGGAGAAGGUUGUGUCGAUGAUUCAAGUGUUCGCGGAUGGUUUCGACGCUUCAAAAGUGGUGAUUUCGACGUGGAAGACAAGGAGCGUUCCGGGCGGCCGCAAAUCUUUGAAGAUCAAGAAUUGGCGACUUUGCUUGAUGAAGAUUCGUGUCAAACGCAAGAAGACGAUCGCCAAUACUUUCAAUAAUUCAUUUGUAACCAUUUUUUCACAAUAAAGGCUCAAAAUUUGAAAAAAACGGGAAAGACUUAUUCACACUCCUAAUACGAUUGUGUUGUUUUCCGAGAUGAACAAAAUUUACGAUUUUAUAAUUGUCGCAAUAGAACCAAUAUUUACUAUAAAUUAUUAAUUCAUCGUUUUCUUUUAUAACUAACAAUGGUAAUAUGAGUGAUCAUUGAUGUUGAUGAAGAUAAAUAAAUUAAAUUUUUACGCUUACUUGAAAAACUGAUAGUCUUUAUAAUAUUUUCU